GGCGAGUAUGGGCGGCGGUGGCGGCGGAGGGCGGUGAAGCCGCCGAGAUGUGGCUGAAGCCCGAGGAGGUGCUGCUGAAAAAUGCCCUCAAGCUAUGGGUGCUGGAGCGCUCCAACCAGUACUUCGUGCUGCAGAGGCGGCGGGGUUACGGCGAGGAGGGCGGUGGCGGGCUGGCAGGUCUUCUCGUGGGAACCCUAGAUGCAGUAUUGGAUUCUACAUCAAAAGUGGCCCCAUUUCGCAUCCUGCAUCAGACACCGGACUCACAGGUCUACUGGUCCAUUGCGUGUGGAGCCAGCAGAGAAGAGAUAACAGAACACUGGGACUGGUUAGAACACAAUGUCAUGAACAUUUUAUCGGUGUUUGAUUCAAAUGAAGAUAUUACAAGCUUUGUCCAGGGAAAGAUAAGAGGUUUGAUUGCUGAGGAAGGAAAAGGUUCUUUUACAAAAGAAGAAGAUCCCGAGAAGUUUCGUGAAGGUCUUAUGAAGUUUGAGAGGUGCUUUGGAUUACCAGAGCAGGAGAAGUUGGUUACCUAUUACUCAUGCAGCUACUGGAAGGGCCGGGUGCCUUGUCAAGGAUGGCUUUAUCUUAGUACCAACUUCCUGAGCUUUUACUCAUUUUUGCUGGGAGCAGAAAUAAAGCUUAUUAUCUCCUGGGAUGCAAUAUCAAAACUUGAGAAGACUUCCAAUGUUAUUCUGACAGAGAGCAUUCAUGUCUGCUCCCAUGGGGAAGAUCACUAUUUUUCCAUGUUUUUGCACAUUAAUGAAACAUUCCUUCUCAUGGAGCAGCUGGCAAACUAUGCUGUUAGGAGGCUUUUUGAUAAGGAGACAUUUGAAAAUGACCUAGUCCUGCAUGACCCCCUGCAGAUCACCAAGAGAGGCCUGGAGAGCCGAGCCCACAGCCAGCAGUUCAGUGCAUUCUUCAGGCUACCCAAAGAAGAGACUUUGAAGGAAGUUCACGAGUGCUUCUUAUGGGUUCCUUUCACUCAUUACAAUGCCCAUGGGAAAAUGUGCAUUUCAGAAAACUACAUCUGCUUUGCUAGCCAGGAUGGCAGCCUGUGCAGUGUAAUCAUUCCAUUAAGAGAGGUGAUAGGUGUGGAUAAGGCUGACCCAGCCAACAGAGGAGUCAACAUUAGUACCAAAGGAAAAAGAGCUUUUCGUUUCACUGAAGUUAGAGAUUUUGAACAGCUUGUCACAAAGCUCAGAAUCAAAUGCAAUGCAACUUCAAGUCCACAGCAUAUAAAUACAGAGGUUGCAGGUAGUUCUGCUUCUGACAGUCCAAAGGAUUUUGAUGAGGUGCCAUCAAAGAUAGAUCUGAGGGAUAACACCAAAACUGUCAGUACAGAAGCCCUAAUGACUGUCUACCAUCCUCAGGAUGCCGAGAAUCUAGACCCUAAAAUGUUGAAAGAAAAAAUGAAAGAACAGUCCUGGAAUAUCCUUUUUUUUGAACGAGGUCAUGGUGUCAGCAUGUUUCGAACAAAGAAGACUCGAGAUUUAGUUGUAAGAGGGAUCCCAGAGGCCUUAAGAGGAGAGCUCUGGCUGCUCUUCUCAGGUGCUGUCAACGACAUGGCCUCCAGCCCUGGUUAUUACACUGAGUUGGUGGAGAGGUCCUUGGGAACAUGCACUUUAGCUACUGAUGAAAUCGAACGGGAUCUGCGUCGCUCCUUACCUGAGCAUCCUGCUUUUCAAAGCGACACAGGAAUCUCUGCCCUCCGGAGAGUUCUUACAGCUUAUGCAUACAGGAAUCCUCAGAUUGGAUACUGUCAGGCAAUGAACAUACUGACAUCAGUACUUCUGCUGUAUGCUAAGGAGGAGGAAGCGUUCUGGCUGCUGGUUGCUGUCUGUGAAAGGAUGCUACCUGAUUAUUUCAAUCGUCGAAUCAUUGGUGCCUUGGUAGAUCAGGCAGUGUUUGAGGAGCUCAUCAGAGUUCAUCUGCCUCAGUUGACAGACCACAUGAUGGGCAUGACUUUUUUCUCCUCGGUCUCUCUCUCCUGGUUCCUUACCCUUUUUAUCAGUGUGCUGCCUAUUGAGAGUGCAGUCAAUGUGGUGGACUGUUUCUUCUAUGAUGGAAUAAAGGCAAUCUUGCAGCUGGGACUUGCAGUGCUGGAGUACAACAUGGAUAAGUUGCUGACUUGUAAGGAUGAUGCAGAAGCAGUGACUGUUCUCAACAGGUUUUUUGACAGCGUCACCAACAAAGACAGUCCUUUGCCUCCAGCUGUGCAGCAGGGCUCCAACCUCAGUGACGCAAAGGGUGAUCACCCAAAAGUGGACAUUACUGACUUGAUCCGAGAGUCAAAUGAAAGAUACGGAGAUAUUCGGUAUGAAGAUGUUGAGAGCAUGCGCUGCAGAAACAGGCUUUAUGUGAUCCAGACAUUAGAAUCUACAACCAAGCAGAAUGUGCUUCGUGUUGUGUCUCAGGAUGUAAAAUUCAGUCCUAAUGAUCUUGACGAUCUUUAUGAAUUAUUCAAGAGGGAACACUUUCUUUCCUGCUAUUGGAAUGUAAAUAGUCCUGUUUUAGAACACCACGAUGCCAGCCUGCCGUAUCUGGAGCAGUAUCGAAUUGAUUGCCAGCAAUUCAGGGUUCUUUGCCAUCUCCUGAGCCCCUGGUCGCACUGUGCAAACAGAGACUCCAUUGCACUGUGGACAUUCAGACUGAUGGAUGAGAACUGCCAUGGCCUUAUCAACUUCAAACAAUUUUCCUGCGUGCUUGAUACCAUGUAUAAUGGAAGUUUCACUGACAAACUCAAGCUUCUUUUUAAGUUGCACAUCCCUCCAGCUUUUACUGAAGUGGAAUCUCUGAGCCCUUCCAAAGGCGUUGAUCUUUCAAAAGAAGAACUGAUCCACUUCAGUCAACUCAGUGUUUCAUCUGCUGGGGAUAGUCUUGAAAGUGAUGCUUUGAAGAGCAGCCCAGAAAAAGGGAAGGGCAAGGUUGAUAUUCAGGCCUAUCUGAAGCAAUGGCAAGAUGAACUUCUUAAAAAAGAAGAAAGCAUUAAGGAUUUGCCAAGAAUGAAUCAGUCUCAGUUCAUCCAGUUCUCAAAAACUCUGUACAAUCUAUUCCACGGAGAUCCUGAGGAGGAACUGUUGUACCGCGCCAUAGCAGUGGUUACCAGUCUCCUGCUGAAGAUGGAAGAAGUUGGGAGAAGGCUUCAGAGUCCCACAUCACCAGUCAGAAGUCUGGCUGCCACAACAGAGGUGUCUGCUGAAAGCCCCCGGAAGGGACGGGAGGAGGGCAGCUCUGAGCAGACCGGAGGCAGUGGAGCGCAGGGUCUGCGAAAGGGCCACGAAUGGUCUUUUGCCUUUGAGCAGAUUCUGGCAUCCUUACUGAACGAGCCAGCCUUUGUGAGAUUUUUUGAGAAACCUCAUGAGAUAAAAGCUAGAAUAGAGAGCGCUAAAAAUUUACAACUUCAAGCAAGAACUAGAGUGUAAUUUACUUUGACUCUGAAUGAAGUACAUAGAGCACUGGCAGAUGAAGGUGGUUACUACAGAAAUUGAGUACGUUGUUUACACAGGGAAUGGGGUUUGAAGAUUUAGCUUUAAAUGUCAGAUUACUCGUAUGCUUUCAUGUAAAUAAAAAUAGUUUGAAGCACAAUCACUUUCUUGCAUUGUUCGUAAGUUUCAAUCCAAGCAGGAGCUGAGGAAUAAACUGCCUACCAUACUAUUAAAAUAUGCAACAUUGGUAGGAAAUACUAGAUGUGACCUGUGACAAACUGACAGCUGUUAUGGUGUGUGCUCCCCACUUUCAUUUCUAUUCCUGUGAUAAACGUCAUGACUUCUAUCUGGACAUUUUCCACUUAAAAUGAAUUGUCAACAGCUCAGAGGUUGACUUCCAGGUUAGCUAUUUCCAAACUUGCAUGUGGGCAGGAACAUGGUGAAGACUAAGAACAGAGGUUUCAGCUGAUAGCUACAGUGGGUGCAAGAGCCUCAGGUUAGGGAAGAAAGCAGCCCUGCUCACAGCUCCCUGCUUUGGUGUCCUGCACUGUGUCAGAUUUCAGCCCCUCGUUGUCACUUUGCAAACUGCCUUCUCUUGGCCUGUGUCUCAGUUUUUGCAGUGUGGCCCUUAAAACUAAUUUCCUGCUUUUGUAGCUCGGCCUAUAAUUGAGAUUUCUUUCCUAUUUUCGUAUCAAUCUUCUUUCAGUUUAGGCAAAAAUGGUACAAGCUGCUUGGUCUUGCAGGUUGCAGGCAGAUGCAAAGGCUGGAAUAGAUUGCUGAAACAAAGGGAGAGCAGUGGCUGAUCCCAUGGUGGUUGUCACUAAUCUUGUAAGAGCCACUGUUGGCGUCUUAGGAGCAUGGUGAAGAAAAAUUUAGCCCUUGGAAAGUCCAAGGACAGACCAUCCUUAGCUGCUUACCAGAUAAGCUGAAUGCUGACCUUGGCACUGUUAGGGACAGACUGCAGUUGCUCCUUUGCCUAUGCUGGGUCCACACCCCAACCAAGUGAUAAUGAAUUCUUUUUUACAGCUCUCUGGUUUAUUGCUGCUGUAAUAUUUUCUGUCUGCCAGGAUUCGUGGCAACAACAAACUGUUUGUGAACCUUAAGUGAAAUUUUUUAUAUGCAUAAAAAUGAUGUAGUGAAGAUGCUGGGGAAGAAAGCUCUGCCAGUGCUUUCCUGGUGGAAUUUGACAUUGAACCUGAGGUAGCUUGUGCUACAAAGGGUUUACACAAAGAUGGGAAGAGUCUGUAUUUUAACAACAUUAAAUAAACUGGUUCAAAA